CUUCACCAUAUCGGGUUAGCGGAAUAUCAGAUCACCAGGGGACUUUAAAAACGAUUCUCGUUUCUUCGGAACACGUUCACCCACACAUAUUGCUCUAACAUGGAAGAAAGAAAGCGGUCUGUUACUGUUGCCAUCGAUUUUGGAACGACAUACUCCGGGUUCGGUUUUGCUGAAGCAAACGUUUCGGGCGAGUCGGGUAUACAAGUAUUUCGUGGAUGGGGUCGUGGCCAAGGAUUCAGCUUCUACAAAACACCAACCAGCGUCCUAUUAGCGCCGGAUGGAAAUUUUAGCAAAUUUGGCCAUGCUGCUGUCGAAGCUUAUGCCAAAAAUCUUGCUAAAGGAAAUAAUCAGGAUAUCAUUUACUUUGAGAGGUUCAAGUUAGUUCUCUACAAUACAAAGGCUCUUUCCAAGGACACCAGCCUGAUGGCAUCAAGCGGAGCAGUAGUCAAAGCUUUGGACUUGUUCUCAGUGUGCCUGGCAUAUUUGGGUGACAAGGCAAUGGAAUGCAUCAAUGCCAGUGGUCAGCGGGGUAAAACUUAUGAGUCGCGUGAUGUACAAUGGGUGGUAACGGUUCCCGCCAUUUGGGAGCCGACUGCCAAAGAAUUCAUGCGCGAGGCAGCUUAUAAGGCAGGAUUGGCGUCACCCGACGACCCAGACCAACUAUUGAUUGCUCUAGAACCUGAAGCAGCGUCGUUUUACUGCAGAACGCUACAGAUGAAAGACUUCCUGGGGGAGACUGGAGACGAAUCAGUAAACGAAGACCUGGCUUCAUAUGUCGUUAUAGAUAACGGAGGCGGUACCUUGGACAUAACAGUACAUGAAAUACAGGAGGACGGCACGAUCCGCGAAAUUCACUGUCCAGCGGGUGGCCAACUGGGAGGCAUACACGUAGAUAGGGAGUUCCAGAGCAUGCUGGUGACAAUAUUUGGAGAAGAUUUUAUCAACAAGUUCAGAAGAGAUUUCCCAAACGACUGGCAGAAAAUAAUGAACGAUUUUGAGAUACAGAAGAGAGCUGAGGAAGGCGUCGACAACGAGGAAGUCAGCAUAACUUUACCAUUUAACUUCGUGAACGCCUAUUCACGCGACAUUGGAAGUGACGAGAAUAUUAACGAAAGAUUGAAGAUGAACUACAAAAAUAACCAAGUGCAGGUUAGUAACGGUUACCUAAGUCUUAGUCUAGAGGUGAUCAGUGGUUUUUAUGAACCAGUUGUGCAAAAAACCGUGGGCGUUGUCCAGUCCCUCUUGGAGCAGAUCAAAGACGCAAAUGUGAACACGAUGUUUCUGGUAGGCGGUUUCUCUCAAGCACUACCACUGAGGAAAGCUAUAACCCAGGCCUUUCCUGACAUGAGGGUUUUGACCCCCCGCGAUGCCGAGCUGGCCAUCAUCAAAGGCGCAGUGAUGUUCGCUCAGGCACCAGAUUUGCUCACAACCCGGGUUAUGGCCAAAACAUACGGUAUCGACAUCAAUGAAACUUUUGACCCAAGUAAACACCCAGACGAGAAGAAGACAGACAUUUGCGGUGUCAGCUACUGCGAAGACGUUUUCGAUAUUCUGGUGAAAGAGGACGAACAGGUGAAGGUUGGAGAGAAGAGAACGUUUUUCUUUUCACCUGUGCACCCCGAACAGACAACAGCUUCGCUUCGUUUCUUUAGCACUCACAACAAGAAGGUGCAGUUUGUGACAGACCAAGGAGUCACAGCAGAGAAUGUGGCCUUUCAGAUCGUCAGCCCGGAUGUUUCCAAAGGGAUUCACCGCAAUAUAGAACUGGAUGUCUACUUUGGCGGAACUGAGAUCAAAGUCUUUGCGACUGACGUCACGUCUGGAAGUUCUGCCAAGGCCGCGCUGAGACUAGUGACCAAGAAUUUAACAUGAUCUCACGGACAAACGAGCAAGAUUUUCGUAGAGGACUUAAAGAAAAUUCCUCGUACAAGUUAUUCAAACAGGAAUUAUUUUAGUCAC